AAAGAAUUAUGUCCAUUUUUUCAGUUUUUAUUAACUAUUGAUUGGGCAGCAGGUGCAAUGGUAUAAUAAGGUCCAACACACGCAGCGUUCGGAUCAAACCAUCAAGCUGGAGCCAUGAGUGCGGUGUUUACCACGACUUUUCCUACGAUUAUCAAUGCUUCGUGCUCUUCGGAAUAUGAACUAGGGGAGCCCCCGAAUGAGAGAGAGGAAGCAAUACGACAGGUGAUCGUAUUUGUGGCAGUUUCACUCCUCAUAGUAACGAUCGUUGGUGGCAAUGCGACCAUGGUGGCUUCUAUCGUGAAAUUUAAAAAGCUGAGGACAACACAAAAUAUUUUUCUCGCGUCAUUGGCAAUGUCAGACCUCUUGCUCGGUAUUUUAGUGUUGCCAUUCAGUUUAAUGCGGGAGCUUGUGCAACACUGGCCGAUAGGACGUUUUUUUUGCAAGGUAUACCUUGCUAUUGAUAUUUUUUUAUGCACGGCAAGCAUAUGGAACCUUUGCAUUAUAAGCAUCAAUCGAUACUGGGCUACAACGCAUGGGAUAAAAUACAGGACGUCUAAACGAACCCAGAGAGCAAUCGUUUUGGUUAUUUUUGCGUGGGUUUGGUCUGCGGUUGUUUGUGGACCUGCAUUUAUAUAUUCAACCGCGGUCAUGGCAGAAGACGAGUGCCAUCAUUCUACCGAGACUUGGUACAUAUUGUUUUCCGUAUCUGGUUCAUUCUACGUUCCUCUGUUUAUUAUGUUGAUAACUUAUGGCAAGAUAACGUAUGUUUUGUACAAGCAAGCCAGAAGCGGAAACUUUAUUUCAAUCGCCAUGCGAAGACAGAAACGUCUGAACUUAAUGAUUGGAAUUAUUCUCGGAGCGUUUGUUGUGUGUUGGCUUCCUUUCUUUCAAACCUACGUCACCCAAACACUUUGCCCGACGUGCUGUGUGCCUGGCCCUGUGUUCAAGUUUCUAGAAUGGUUUGCUUACUGCAACAGCGCGUUUAACCCUUUUAUUUACAACUUGAACAACACGAAACUAAGAAAAGCUUUUAAGAAAAUACUCCGAUGCGAGGGCAACUCACACCAAGUGAAAGUUGUGAGAAUACAAAAUAAGGAGAACGGAGCUGUCAAUGAACGCAUUGAAAAUGAUGAAGAUUCCGGUGACUCUGAUGAGAUGGAACAAGAAAACGAAAUACCGCCCCCCGCCAAAGUCGUUCACACAGAAAAGAAAACUUCGUUUCAUUUGUCCCGACAGGCCAGCCUACCAGCAAAUUUCACCAAAGUAAUAAACGAAUCUACAAUCUGCCCAUCCGUUCAGUUUGUAAACACCAAGAACGGAACGAACAAAAGAAAAUCUUUUCAGUACAUUAAGCAAGACGUAGCAGUCGAUGAGAUAGUUGUCGAUCCGUUUUCUGUUGAAAACUCCGCUCCUGCAGUAUGUUGGGUUCUCAAAACAAGUGAAACGGAUUUCUCUGGAGUUACAAGCACUAUUCAAAUCGGCCGCAUGUCCACAAUCGACGAGGAGAGUGACGUAAAGUCACAGAACUCUGACCUUAUGCGAGUGCCGGGAUCAACAGAAAGAACCUCCUCUUGUACGAAAACAACAAUGGAUUACUUCGAGAAAGAAGAAACUUAAUAAACAAAAGUAACUGUGGUAAAAAAUGACCAACUCUUGCCAAAAUUCCAGGUCUCCAGGCAUGCCUCGCUGUAGGACUUUACUCUUAAUGAAUAUAAUUGAGUAUUGGGCCAACUCUUUGGUGUCAAUUAUCUCUUCCGUGUUUGCUAUUCGCGCACAAGUUUCGUGCCAUAAAAGCCCUCCUUUUUUUCUGUGUUAGAAGGGCAGUAGGAGCUUUCUUACACUCUUGCUGUCCUCACGUUUGUCCCCAGCCUGAUGCCGCUUGUUUGUUCGUCUAAUAAACUGGAGUCGUUAUGUUGAGAUGGGCACGACCGUUGAACUGUUGCUGCCCCCCAACACUAUCCAUGCGCAAAGAUUUGUAUGUUAUAAAAAAAUUAAAAAAAUACGCCUUUUUGAAAUGAUAUAGUUCGUGUAUAUAUUUUUAGUCCGUUUUAUCGACUGUAUUCUUCUUUUUGUUAUCGUAUUUAAAGAAUAAAAACAAACACACAGCUUUA